AUGGAAGGAAAAAAACCGUCGAAAAAGGUUUCUGAUAAUGGUAUCAAAACUAAACAUGCUGAGUUCGAGACCCUUGCCCUGAAGCCCCAUGGCAUUACGAUUGAAGAUGAUCGGAAGCAUGUAAAUCCUUUCCAACAUUUUGCCACUGACCCAGCGCCAACUACUGGAGUUAUCUCGCAUUACAAGAGCAAGAAUGGAUUGCAAGAUACAUCUUUGUGGUUGGAAGGAGAUGACCAAUUUACGGAAGAUAUCUUGCGAGAGUAUAAGAGCAUGAAGGAGUUCAAGCUUUGUGAGUCAGAGUACUCGUUAUAUGCUUUCGAAAAUCUCCUGAAGAGAGAAAUGCGUAGCCCUCACCUCCCCAAUACCACCUCAUGGUUGACGGAACGCAUGGUUGAGUUCACUACCCGACCCGGAGAUCAUCACUGGGAGACACCCCCGGUAAUCCAUGAAAAGGUGGCACGCAAAGACUACGCAUUCGACGUUCGACCUGACUGUUCAUAUUGGAUUACUUUGCAAGCCUUCCAUCCUAAGUAUCGGAAGAGAAUCGAGGAGCAUGUCCUUGUUCGACACGGCCGCAUUCUCUGGCCGUAUUUCAUCAUUGAAUUCAAAAAAGAUAGCGAGUCCAAUAGAAAUGGUACCACUUUCAAGACAGCCAGGAACCAAAUCGCUGCUGCCUCAGCAAUCGGGCUCUACAAUCGUUGGAAACUGAAGAAGAGAGCACUCGACGCCACUGGUCAACAAUGGGGCCCAAAGACAGCACAGAUGUUGCGACACUACGGCAUUACUUUUGUUGGCUGCAACUACGACAUUUGGUGUAUUGAAGCAGAUGUAGGUUCCUCCGGUACCUGGACGGGCUGUCGAAUGUUCCGGCUCUACGAAGAUAAAUGUAGUACUGCCGAGGGCGUACAUGGGUUUAUUAAUUGGGUGAACGAGAUCCACAGUUGGGGCUUGACUGUGUAUGGGCCUGAUUGUGAAAAGGAUGUCAAGGACUGCAUUGACUCUGCGUCCGAGGCAGGGUGA